ACUAUUUUCUGCACAGCUGAUGGCUGGCAUUAGGAUUAAAAAUAAACAUAAUUGAUUUUCUGCUCCGCUUAGUAUACGUAAACGCGUAGGCGGUUCUCACCUGGUUGUGCUCCAGAUUCACCAACAUUCAGCUGCAGCGAUGGGCUCCGACGAUCAGAGCGCCGGUGACAGGAUUCAGAAGGGAUUCCAGAUCAACUACAUGAUACUGCGGGACGCCGACAGCGGCAAGGUGAUAUGGCAGGAGAACAAGGACUUCUCGGCACCGGAUCUGGAGCACGAGGCGCGUGUGCCGGUGAAGAUACUGGACAUGAGAGCUGUGUCGCGGGAGAUCAACUUCAGCACCAUCGAGCCGAUGGAGAAUUUCCGGCUCGACCAGAAGGUACUGUUCAAGGGACGCAUCAUGGAGGAGUGGUUCUUUGAAAUGGGCUUCGUGGGAGCCAACACAACCAACACCUGGCAGUCGACCAUUGAGGCGGCGCCCGAGUCCCAGAUGAUGCCCGCCAAGGUCUUAACGGCAAUGUGACGAUCCAAACCAGUUUCUACGACAACGAGACACUCAUCACCAAAUCGGUUGUGCGCCUGUACUA